GGGCGCGAUGAGGACCGAGGCCGGCCUCUGGCUCCUCGGCUUGUGCUACCUGGUGGCCGCGUUGGCGGAGGAAGCCGAGAUCCCCCAAGAAGUAAUCGAAAGGCUGGCUCACAGCGAGAUCCAUAGCAUCCGCGACCUGCAGCGCCUCCUGGAGAUUGACUCCGUAGGGUACGACGAUGCCUCGGAAACAAACUUGAUACCGCACGGCGUUCACACCGCAAAACACGCGCAAGAUAAUCGCCCCAGACCCAUUCGUAGGAAAAGAAGUAUUGAGGAAGCCAUUCCCGCUGUCUGCAAAACCCGCACCGUCAUCUACGAGAUACCUCGGAGCCAAAUCGAUCCCACGUCGGCGAACUUUCUGAUAUGGCCGCCGUGCGUGGAGGUGAAACGCUGCACGGGCUGUUGCAACACCAGCAGUGUGAAGUGUCAGCCGUCGCGGAUACACCACAGAAGCGUCAAGGUGGCAAAAGUGGAAUAUGUUAGAAAAAAGCCAAAAUUAAAAGAAGUCCUGGUGAAGCUAGAAGAGCAUAUGGAGUGCACCUGUACAUCGUCAAAUUCAGAUUAUCGAGAAGAAGAAACGGAUGUAAGGUGAAAAUAAGCUAGAAAAUACUUCUCUCUGGGACAUGGAUGUACAUUGUUGGUUACAUUCCUGAACCUACUAUGUAUGGUGCUUUAUCGACUGUAUACUUCGUUUUUUUUUUUGUUCUCCUACGUGGAGGGGUGGGGUGGGGAAACCGGCUUAAAAAAAAAAAA